AUGAGUAAGCAAAACCCGACCACACCAAUCGGAGCGGAUGAAGUGAUGAGUGAUGAUGAUAUUUACGGGAAAGCAUGUCCUGCCCUUUGUUUCUUUCCCUUUGGAGUUGAGAAUUCUCUUUUCAUCACUCACUUCACCACAGCAAAACCACACCCAUCUCUUUCUUCCUUCCCACCAUCAUGGACUUGGACUUCAGGGCUUCCACUAUUCAUUCCUCCUACCACUUCCCCUCUCUCCAAGCUUCUCGCGUUCACACUGGUUCUCUUUUUAUGGGAACUUGGGAUUGAUUAG